AUGAUCCCUCGUUCUAUUCCGUUAGAUGUUAUUCAUGUUUGGUGGACUAAAUUAACUUUUCAUGAUGAUGGAUUAGGUAAACCUUCAAAAUUAUCUGUGAAACAUGAAAUAGAAGUGAUAGUGAAAAAGUUUGAUGAACUUGAUGUACCUGGAAAAAUUGCACUGAAAGGUAAAUUACGUGAGAUUGCGUAUCCAUCGACUACGUCGAUAUGUCCACCUGUUGACAAGGUUAAAACAAAGGGUGCACCGAAAAAAGGCAAAAGUAAGAUAUCAAAAAGAGAUAAAUCAACCAAGCGUGAUCCAUCUUGGUGGGAAUAUGUGGAUGCAAGUGUUCGAUGCAGUGGCACAAAUGCAUGUAGUACUGUAACUUCUAAUAAAGUACAACAACCUCGACCAUCAGUAACAAAGCUCACACCUCGACCAUCAGUCAGCAAAGUUCAACAACCGAGAGUUCUUAUCUUCAAAGAAUGGUUGUCGGUUGAAAUUCACAAAUUCAUAGAUGACAUUAUUGACGUAGGCGAGGAUGGUAAUUAUGGAUAUCGUGCAGUUGCAGCUUUACUUGGAAUGAGUGAGAAUUUUUGGGCAUUCAUUCGUCAAGAGUGUGUCGUAGAGCUUCAAGAAUUCAUGUCUUAUUACAAGAUAAUAUAUGGUGGACAAAUUUUUGUUCAACAACUUAUACACAAUGUAUAUGUUGAACAUGUUGCAACUUUGGAUAAUUGGAUUAUACUUCCAGAAAUGAGAUAUGUGAUUGCUUCGAAAUUUAACUUGGUUUUCGUCGCAUUAUCACUUACCCAAUCAGAAACAUUUUUUCCACUUAGAAGUCCACCACCAACACCUAAGUCCACCACUAACACCUAUUUCAGAUCAUCGUAUGAUAGUUAUUGCAUUUGUUAA